CCAGGUCAUCAUUGUCCCAUCUAUUACAUCCUUCGAACCAAAGACUGGGUCAGUCCGUGGAGGGACCCUCAUCAACAUCACAGGUUCGGGGUUCCUUCCAUACGACGGCCAAGUGGUUGUGCAAAUAGGACGAUCUCCGUGCCACAUUCAGCACUUGACAUCCAGCACCGUCACCUGCGUGACAGAGGCGCAAGAUCCUGGGAGUUACCUGCUCUCUGUUCUCUUAUCCGGUCACAUGAUACAACCAGUAUCUAGAGGCCUGAAUCGCACCUUCACCACCGAUGCAGCCUCCACGCCAUAUGUUCGACAAGUGACAAUGACUGGGAAUAAGGUCAUGCUCGAAGGAUCUGGUUUUACUGACGAUCCGUCCAAAGUUAGGAUCACUUUCGUCCCAUCUUCCCUAAGAAGAAGGAGAAACAUCCUGAGGGAUGAUGACGAGGGGGACGAGGAAAGUGUGUCCAUGGAAUCUGUGAACCCUGAAGGGAGGAACGUAAACGUCCAGGACGACGAUGACGUCAUGAUUUUUGGCGAAGAGUCUGACAGCGACGACGAGUUCUUAGAGGCCUUCAAAAAGACUGCUCAAAUAGGAACCUCGCGUCGUCCCGUGAUAGUUAGCUCAUUGUCCGAUGUAACAGGAGAGACUUCCAGCCUCUGGAGGGAAUUGACAGGCACAUCAGCCAGAAGUUUCUCUCACAGCCAGGACCUAGGUCUGUGGAAAGCAGGAGGGACGCGACAACCACCGACGCAUUCCCCCGAGCCAGAGAUCUACCGAGAAAAGAGAGAGAUCAGAGCAACCUCUUACUCCUGUUCUCCCAACGCGGUGACAGAUGGGUCUAUUUCCUGCACCGCCGAGGAUCUCCCCGCUGGGUCGUACGAUAUCGCCCUCUGCAUCAAGGGUCACGGUGAGGGGGUCAUAGGGGACACCGCGAGGCCAGUCCGCAUUAAGAGCGCCAUCAGUGCGAUGAGUCCCGUGGAGGGCAGCAUCCAUGGCGGCACUCUCUUGACCAUGAACGGCACGGGAUUCAAGCCAGGGGCCGUAGAGGUGCAAUUGGAUGGGGAACCUUGUGUCCUGGAGAGGGCAGAAGUGACCGUCCUCGCUUGUUGGACGCCGCCCCAUUCGCCGGGAAAUGUGACGGUUGAAAUCAUCGUUGGUGGAGAGAUCCUGAACGGACCAACAUUUUCAUACACGCUGAGCAAAACUCCAGUCAUCAGCUCUGCCACACCAAAGGAAAACAUCAAAGCAAGAGAUGAUAUUGUGAUUAAUGGAACUAAUUUCAACAUCUCCGGAAAACCUGAAGUGAUGAUAGGAGACAGUACGUGUGACGUUGUAGCCUUUAACACAACGACAAUAACCUGCAAGGCGAUGGAACUACCGGCCGGCAAUUACUCUCUGGCCGUCCGAGACAAAAAAUACGGCUGCUCGAAUGAGCAGUUAGUGACGUUCGACCUUUCGAUCACGUCGAUCGAGCCACCCAGAGGUGGCUUCGGUGGCGUCAUUAUAAACAUCACAGGCGUCGGAUUUGAUCCGGCUGGUCAAAGAACCACUGUUACUGUCUGCAAUGCUUCUUGCUCUAUCACGAGAUCCUCAUAUAAUUCCAUCACGUGCCAGGUGCCUCCAACGGAUCCAGGUACCGUAAAAAGUAAGGACUGUGACAUAACAGUAACCAAUGAAAAUGGGCCGCUGGAAACAUCUAAGAAUGGAUUCACCUACAACGCCUCCUUGACUCCUUCCAUCCUUGAUGUCACUCCGAGGAGGGGAGGCACUGCAGGUGGCACAAGGAUAAAAAUCAAUGGCACUGGGUUUUCGGAAAAGGGAAACACCGUCACUAUUGGGGAUUCCGAUUGCCUCGUUGUGGAGGAGAAACGCAGCGAGAUUUCUUGCGUCACGGAGAGUCAUCUCGGACCUGGAAUAUUCCCUGUCAUCGUUACUGUUCCCGGAGCUGGAACAGCUGCCGCGGAUGAAAAUGGUGAGUUCUUCUACAUCGAUCUGUGGAGUUCUCCAUUCACCUGGGGUGGAGAACCUCCGCCCUUAGCUGGUCAGAUGGUGGUCAUUGACGCUGACCAGACCGUUCUCCUGGAUCAGUCCACUGAUGUUCUCAAGAUGCUGCUCAUCAAAGGAGGCCAUCUUGUGUUUGACGGAGAGGCCAACGAGGAGAUCGUGCUGAGGGCGGAGUACAUUUUAAUUGUGGAAGGAGGCUCCUUAAACGUAGGUACAGAAAAGGAACCUUUUAUGGGCCAGGCCACCAUAGAGCUGCACGGAAAUUCACGAUCAAUAGAGCUGGCCAAUAUUUGGAUCAAAGUUUUAACGAACGAAGUGGUUUUAGCUGUCCGAAACGGGUCUUUAGACCUACAUGGGGAGCCAGUUCCAAUAACUUGGACGCACUUGGCUACCACAGCUUCAGCUGGCGCUAAGAACAUCACCUUGAAACAGCAGGUGACGUGGAAGGCUGGGGACAAGAUAGUUAUUGCUUCUACGGGGAGAAGAUUUACGAAGAACGAAAACGAGGAGAGAACCAUCGCCUCAGUGUCCGAGGACGGUCUCACCCUCGAGCUGUCCCAGUCCCUCGAUUACGAGCACAUCUCCAUCGAGCAGACGAUCGCAGGACGGCGGAUCGAGACCAGAGCCGAGGUUGGACUGCUGACCCGGAACGUGAAGAUCAGAGGGGCCGUCAACGAAGAUUUCGUGGAAGAUGUGGCAGCCUGUGCCCAGUCUUUCAAUCCAGACCAGUUCGCGACGCAGCAAUGCUUCCGAGGAAAAUUCGGCAAAGAAACCACCGGAGACAUGUUCGGAGCCACCGUCAUGCUUUGCGCGAAGUCUCCCAACGAAGAUCUUGUUCAAGGUCGCAUCGAGUACGUCGAAGUUACAGAGGCUGGGCAGGCUUUCCAGCUAGGCCGAUACCCACUUCAUUUUCAUUUAGUGGGGAACGUCAGUGACUCGUACAUCCGGGGAUGUGCCGUUCAUCGCACGUUCAACCGCGCCAUCACGAUGCACGCUGUCAGCGGCUUACUGGUCGAGAAGAACGUCGUCUACAACAACAUGGGUCACGCUAUCUUCACGGAGGACGGCGUCGAGCAGAACAACAUCAUCCAGUACAACCUGGCGGUUUACACCCGAUCUUCUUCUUCCCUCCUGAAUGUGGACGUCACUCCCGCCUCGUUCUGGAUUGUCAACCCAAACAACGUAGUGAGGCACAACGCAGCGGCAGGGUCAACCCACUUUGGGUAUUGGUACAGAAUGGAGAGAAAUCCCUCCGGACCGUCUGCCACGUCUGACUACUGUCCUAAUAACGCCCCCAUGGGCACCUUCCUCAAUAACACGGCCCAUUCAGUGGGAAGAUACGGACUGUGGGUGUUUUCCAAGGAUGGCUAUGAGCCUAGAUCUGGCAGGUGUGGUGGGAAUUUGGUGGAGCUGGAUUCAGUCACUGUACAAGAUUUUCAUAGUCUUACUUUCACUUUACCUUCUGAUGGAUCUUCUAGAGCCUUCCAGUUUUCAGGUCACCACUGA